UGCUGGAAGACGUACUUGGGGAGGCCGGAGACUGACUGGAUUCGGAGAGAGUCAAUGACCGUACUAGGGAACGGUUUAACCGUUGUAGACCACCACGAGGAAGCGUUGUCCGUAAAAGAGGCCGAGUUGUCUGUGAAGCGGCGCGUUGGCGCAUCAAGAGGAGAUUUGCUCGUCGUGCAGGGCAAUAUUGCGAAUACGUAUGAUAUGCUCGGGCGGAAGGAAGAGGCCCUGCGAUUGAAUCGAGACGUAUACUCCGGGCGGGUGAAGCUCAACGGCGAAGAACAUGAACAUACCCUCGUGGCGGCCAACAACUACGCUGCGUCCCUUAUUGGUCUACAGCGCUUCGAAGAAGUCAAGGUAAUUAUGCGCAAAACGAUUCCCGCGGUGCGGCGCGUUCUCGGAGACUCGCAUGGGUCCGCGCUCGGUAUGAGGAGGCUUUACGCGACCGCGCUCUACAGAGACCCCGCCGCCACCCUCGAUGACCUCCACGAGGCCGUGAUGACGCUCGAAGAGACGGCACGGACCGCACGGCGCGUGCUCGGUGGCGCGCACCCGCUCACCGCGAGAAUUGAGGACGCACUGCAAAAAGCGCGAGCAGCGCGCGACUCCAAAGAAACGCCGCCGGGGAGCGUCUAA